AUGAAGGAGGAUGAAUCGGUACACGUCAAUCGGUCAGUAGAUAAAGAGGGUUCUGCACAAGGGGGAUGGGUCAAGCCAGGGUUCAUGUAUAAUUGGCUACAUGGUAUACGUCAAGAUACCCCAGGUAUAGCUCAAGAUACUCAAGGUGCCAAGGUCGAAGGAAGUGAAGCGGGAGAUGAUUUCGAGAUUGAAGAUUGGUGGUAUAGGAAGCCUAGAGCGGUGAAGAAAGAAGGUGAAGUUCAGGAUGUAGGUCUAGACGUGACUGAAGAGAGAGAUAUACCACUGGGUGAAGACGUAAGAGAAGGGGACAUUCCAGAUCAGCCCCACGAUAUACUCAAUCUACCUGUGGUACCACCGGCACGAGGACAGCCUCAUGAACCUGUACCGGAUGUUCCAGGGGAAGAACCUAUGAUGGAACCAGUAGCUCAAGAUAACGUAGGUCAAGGUGAAGUAGCUCAAGGUGAAGUAGCUCAAGAUGGAGUAGCUCAAGGUGAACCAGUGCUCCUCCCUAAUCAAUUACUUGAGGUAGUAGAAGCGGAUGUACCGGUGGAACAGCAAGUGGAAGAAGCUCAACCCGUAGGCGGUGCUCAACCCAUGGACGAAGCUCAACCCGACCAAGCUCAACCCGAUCCAGCUCCACCUCCUCCCCAGCUUAUCCUAUCCAUACGACUCCCUCCUUACACACCUUCAGCAGGUAACUUCCCCAAUGCCCAGCAGAUUGCCCGGUACGAGGAGGUCAUCGGGGAGAGGUACAAACGGCAACCCAUAAAGCAAGAUCCCUUGGCCUACAUCAAGCGGACAGAUGAGGGUAGAAAGAUACUUGAGUGGAUACAGGAGGAAGUGGGUGAGGAGAUAUCGCUCAAAUCCUUCGAUCAGAUAAUGCACAUGGAUCUUCGGUUCAGGUUUGGCAAGGACACGGAGAAACAGGUGAGAGCGUACGAGGGACAGUCAAUCUAUGGGUUGUAUUGUAUGUUUGAAAUGUUACGGCAGGGAGUGGAUAAGGAGGUGUGCAUACAGGUGGCACAGAAGGUAGACAAUCACUGUGGUCAGUACAUGCGGAAGAAGAAUAAGGAUAUAGCGAAGUUUGUGAGUGAAGUGUCCUGGUGGGAUGCCUCAAAACAAAGAUAA